CAUCACAGAUAUGGCUGCCGGCUCCUUACACGAAGUCGGCAGGGUGUUUUGACAGCUGAUUACCGGUUUUGUUUCGGUUAUUUGUGACUCUAACAGACUAAGGAAAAAAUAGGACGAGAUGGAUAUGUUUAACCGAUUGAAGAGUGCAGUGACCAAUGCUUUGCCUGGCAACCCAUUGUCUCGAGAUUUUGACUUGUACAACCAAAUAGCCAGUGGAGGCCCAGGCAUGUUGUGGAAAAUACAUGGAGGAAUGAAGAAAACUACCAAACAGGAAUCGUCCAUCUUUGUGUUUGAGAAGCGAUCUCUGGAGAGGUAUUCCCGGCGUGACCGAGAGAUGAUUCUGGAGUCACUUAGGAAGGGAGUGCAGCAGCUCACUAAACUCCGUCACCCCAAAGUCUUGUCUGUGAUGGAGCCACUUGAGGAAUCCAGGGAAACACUUGCCUUUGCCACAGAACCAGUGUUCUGCAGUUUGGCUAAUGUGUUGGGUAACCACGACAACAUGACCACGGUUCCUAAGGAGCUCCAGGAGUAUGAGCUGUAUGAUGUAGAAGUCAGACAUGGUUUGCUACAGAUGAUUGAAGGUCUGACGUUCCUGCACAACGAUGCCAAGAUCCUUCACCACAACAUCUGCCCAGAGUCCAUCAUCCUCAACAAAAAUGGAACAUGGAAGCUUGCUGGCUUCGACUUCUGUGCUCUCAACUCCAACACAACGGAUCAGUCGCUCGUUAAAGCUGGUUCUUUUGUGCCGAUGUUUGCGUUCAAGGAGUGGGACGCAGACAUCCCUCCCUGCUGCCAACCCCACCUGGACUACCUUGCCCCUGAGUAUGCUCUCACUAUGAUGUGUAGUCUCGCCAGCGACAUGUACUCAAUAGGGGUGCUCAUAUAUGCCCUCUUCAACAACGGUAAACCCCUGUUUGAGUGCAGGACGCAGCUAUCCACAUUCAAGAAAAAUGCUGAAGAGCUGCGACAUUUCCGCUCCACCCUACUGGGCAGCAUCCCCGAUGAACUGAGAGAUUACGUCAAGCUGUUGCUGAACAUCGAGGCCACUGUGAGACCGGACCCUGCACAGCUGUCAAAAGUGUCCUUCUUCGAGGAUGUAGGGACAAUGACCCUCCAGUACAUGGACACCUUGUUCCAGAGAGACAACCUACAAAAGUCCCAGUUCUUCAAGGGGCUCCCGAAAAUAGCUGCCAAACUGCCAAAGCGUGUGAACCAGCAGCGGAUCCUGCCGGCGUUGUACAAGGAGUGUGUGAACCCCGACAUGGUCCCCUUCGUCCUCCCCACUGUCCUCCUUGUCGCUGAACAGUCCACCAACCGGGAAUACCUCAACAAUAUUCUUCCCGAACUCAUCCCGCUCUUCAAAAUACACGACCCAGUUCAGAGCCCACAGACAACAUACACGAUCUCACUGAUAUUUCUGCAAAACAUGAGCCUGCUGCUUAGCAAGACCCCCCAGCAAGACAUCAAGACUCACAUUCUGCCCAUGAUAUACAGAGCACUGGAGGUGGACAACCCACAGAUACAGGAGCUUUGCCUGAACAUCGUGCCUACAUUUGCUGAGCUGAUAGAGUAUUCCUCCCUGAAGAACGUAAUAGUCCCUAGGAUAAAGAAGCUGUGUCAGUCCACCAGCACUCUGACUAUCCGUGUGAACUGCCUGCUGUGUCUGGGCAAGCUGCUGGAGUACAUGGACCGGUGGUACGUCCUGGACGAGAUCAUCCCCUUCCUCCCACAGAUACCCUCAAGAGAACCUGCUGUCCUCAUGAGUAUACUAGGUAUAUACAAAGUGACCAUGGUUCAUGCCAAGCUGGGAAUGACCAAGGACAUCUUGGCCAACAAAGUCAUCCCUUUCCUCAUGCCACUGUGUAUUGACAACAACCUCAACCUCAGCCAGUUCAAUGCAUUCGUGGGUACAGUACGGGAAAUGUUUCACAAGGUGGAGAGUGAGCAACGCACCAAGCUGGAACAGCUGGACCAGAUGAAGCAGGAACAGAAGACACUCGAGAUCUCGAAGGUCUCAAGCAAGGCAGACAGCAAUCUGAUCCCUGAAGUUGCGCAGGAGAAGAACCAGACGAUGAUGGAUAAGUUCCUGUCAGGGUUUGGUAUUGCUGGUCUGAUGGGUGGUUCCCAACAGACGGAGUCCACUGGCGGACCUGCACCGGUGGCUGCCUCCUCUACACCCAGGCCCACGGCCCAGCCAACAGGGACUGCUAAGGUGUCGUUGUCCUUGGAGGAGAAACAGAGAUUAGCCCGACAACAAGAACAGGAACAGAAACUGAAAGUUCAGCGACCUCUCUCGGCACAAAACACACAGAAUAAACCAAAGACCAACGACAAGGUGAAAGACCUGACUUCAACCUUGAUGGACACAAACCUCAGGAACAUGUCCACUACAACUCCCAAAUCUCAGCCCAUGUCCUCCAUGGGGGGACAGUCCGGUCCUGUGAUUGGAAGAGGGGGCAUGUCCAGCUCGUAUGGAGUGUCCAGCCCUCCAUCAGUGGGCAGUGGGGGAUAUGCUGGGAUGAACACUGGGGGCAGUUUCGCAGGAAUGAACAACAAUAGUUCUGGUUUCGGAGUGGUGAACAAUUCUCCUGGAUUUGGGGGAUCUGGCUCCAUGAACACGGGAGGCGGGAACAAACCCAAAAUGGACAUGUCUGCUUUUGAUUCCUUGUUACCCAGCUCAAAUCAGCCAAGGAAGUCCAUGAAUGAAAUGGCCCAAACUAGAACUGCUGGGAUGCCUGGUCAACAAGGCAUGAUGGGUGGGCAGAGGAUGGGGAUGGGGGGUAACGUGGGCAUGAUGGGGAACCAGGGGAUGAUGGGCAGCCCUGGAAUGAUGGGAUACCAGCAGAAUAUGAACGGAGGUUUCGGACAGAUGAGUAACCAGAUGAACUUUGGGGGCAUGGGGAACACUGGAUCCAUGCCCAUGUCCAAUUCCAGUAUGCUGACACCCCAAUCUUCCAGUCAAAUGAAACCUAGCGGGAAUGACUUGGCUGAUAUUUUUGGCUGAAUUGCAUGUUUUAAUAGUUACCGUUGUUACAAUGGUUUAUUCUCCUAAAGAGACAAACAAGUUGGCUUUGGAGAUUGUGUCACAGUCGGACAAGUGAAAAUGACAAAUUCAAACAUCGUUCUAAUCUCUUGCUCAAAACAUGUCCCUUGAAGUAAAAUUUGACAAGCCAAGUACUUAAUGUGGUAUUGCUGUGUAAAACUUUUGAAGCUGCAGCAAUAUAUCAACGUGUGUAGCAAAUUUCCUACAAGACACAGCAAGGACACUCGUCAUCAAGUCAUCAUUAAUGUCAUGUGAAUGUAGUUGAGGUCAUGUAUCAGCCUGACCAAUUGUGCAAUAUGUUUGAGAGAUGCUCAUGCUUGUACUUACAUUAGUGAUUGGGUGGAGGUACCACAGUUUUAGGAUCAGAGUAUAUCCAGGAGUCCAAUCUCCUUCUGCCAACUCAGCAGCUCAGGACAAUAAUCUUCCAAAAUGAUUUAUCAUAGAAGUUUCCUGUUUGUAUGUGUGAAGUAGGGAUGCCUUGUGGAUUCUGGAUGAGGAGAGUCCCCAAUACUCCAUGCUUGUGAUGGUGCCAAUUAACAUGAUGACAAUCUGCCAUGGUAUUGCUGGAAUAUUACUGACCGGCAUUAACUUGCUUUCAGUUGGCGCUGGAGCAGUGCUAUAGAUAAGGACAUUAUAGUCAUAAGUUGAAAUCAUUAUUCGUCUUUGACUAAAUGGCAAACUGUUCUCUAAAACGUUUACACUCAGAGAUCAGAAGUAAAGAUAGCUGAGUGCUGAGUUUGAAAAAUAGAAAUAUACCCGCUGGAAAAAAACAUUCCGCUCUGGCAUUUACUGUAUGUUCCUCCACGUGGCCCCAAAUAGCAUCCUCUAUGUCUCCAGCAUUCACAUUUCAGUACACUAACACCUGGAUCCAUUUUGUGGUUCUCACAAUCUCACAUUACAUGCCCCUCAUUUUCAUUAAUAUUUUCCAUCCAGUCAAACACUGAGAUGAGGUAAUGGAUAAGGGAGGUAGCUUGUAUUCACCAAGAACCAAACCAGACAUUUUCUUCCUUCCAAAGAGUUGUAAGGCCUUCAGUGUUGGAAGUCUAUCAUGAUUUUGAUCAUUAGGGACUGGCCGCCGUUUGGUGGAUAUCACCAACCCAACAUGGUUUGUAACUUGCAUUCCGAUUGGUUCAUUGACUGAGCAGCACUGCAAACCAAAUUUGCUGAAAUAGAUUGAGUGAAGGUAAUUUGAAAUCAUGAGAAGCCCAGGAAUGGAUCCAGGGGUUAGUGUUCAUUUACUGAAAUGGGAGCUCAGAAGAUAUGCAUGAUGGCCAAGCCAAGGGUCAGAUCAUACAAUGUAAUGAAGCAGAGAAGGCAGUGACAGGAAAGAAAAUGUUUGCCAUGAAACAGCCACACAUCAUGCCAUUACCUGUCACAAAGGUGAAUGUGUUUCAUCAGAAAAUACAAUUAAGUGUGUAGAGGGUCGUUUUCAGGCCAGGAUUUGUCCAACUAGCAAGUCAAUUCAAAUAAUCUGUUUUACUCAAUAUUUUGUUUCCUGGCAGUGAAUGUUAAAUGCCUAUUUACGUAUCAAGUAAUUGUUUUCAUAUUUUCACUAGUCCACAAAACUUAUCUGCUACAGAGCUGCUGUAUACAUAAUGGUAGAGUGGUAGUGCUCAGGGCGUUCUCCUGCCUGAUGUUCACUAUGGUUUGUCAGAGAUAUCAUCUCAGGGCAUGUAUGAAACAGACAUUAACUGGAAAUGGUUGCCUGACUGUGGAACCCCUUGGUAAUGAUUCUACGAACAUAUUAUUUACUGGGUCCUGUCUGUAAUAUCUGUUAUGUGUUUCAGGUUGGUUUCUGUACAUGCUGCAGUAUAUAUGGUCAACUGUACUAUAAGUGCACUGUAUUCUUGAUACGUUCUUUCCAUCACUAUAUACAUGUGCUUUGAUUCUGUAAAUCUGUGGGUUCAUUGUUAUGGUACACAGAGAUGCCAACCUCUACGAUUUUAUCGUAGUCGCUAUGAAUUUUAACCUCAAACUACGCCAAUACGAUUGCACUAGAAAUUCUACGAAGUUUGAAGAAAAAUCAUUAAAAUUCGGAUAUAUAGACAAAUUAAAUACAUUCGUCAAUUAAAUACAUUUUUGGACUUUACUUACCUUCCAUCCAUCAAAUUUAAUGACAUAUUUGAACUGGAAUCAUUGCAAGUAACAAAUGUAAUUUUAGCAAAAUUGUCUGUCAGAAAUCUGAAGCUGAUUUCAAUACCUUGCGAUUUGACCCACUUAUUGUGUACCGGCGGAAAAUGACAAUUCUAUAGGAAUGAUUUAACCGUUCCUUCCAUUUGAUUAUACGAAACCGGUAUGUGAAAUUAAAGCUUCACUCUUGAUUUUAAGUAUUUAGAUGACUACUAAUGUUACGGUCAAACUACUAAUUUAGAUCCUUGACACUACUAUUUGCAACACUUUGGGGUUGGCAUCUCUGGGUACAUGGAUGCUGGGAAACUAAUCAAGCAGUGCCUCUUAAGCACGGCUUACAUUAGGUUAAAGACACUCUAUUUAAAUAUAUGCUGUUGUUGUAUUUGUUGUGUUUUUCAAGCACACAUAAGAUGCUUUAAUACACAUAGCUUCGGGUGCCAUAGGUCUAAGACUAUUUAUUUAAUGACUGAAAUCUGAAGUUCUGGUUAAAGUUAUGAAGUUGGGUUUCUUUAAACAGUAAAACUUCUAUAAAUAUGUACAGAGAUUGGUGUUAUUGUAAAUAAGACAUACAUCUACUUUAUUUUAAACAGACAUGAUUACCAUGAUGUUAUUAACAUUCCCAUAUAGAUGUAAACAUAAAUAUUACCGCUUUUGUUCCUAUAUACAUGUAAACAUAAAUAUUACGGCUUUUGUUCCUUUAAACAUGUAAAAAUAGAUAUUACGGCUUUUAUGGUAAUACAUUUGGAGUAACUGGAAAGGCUCCAUCUUUGAUGGCGUGCAUCUAAUGUUACUUUGUGUGGAUUCAUGGUUAGAGUAUGCCUGAGGUAACAUUGUGGCGCUAGGCGACAUACUGGAUUGGGUGGUCAGGUUCAUUGACUUGGUUACAUUUCACCAAACCGUGGUAGGAUGGGAAAUUGUGGAUAAUAUCAAUCACUGGUUUGUAUGGCCCAUAAUAUUUACAGUUUACAGAUAUAUUGCGGAAAUAUCUCUACACAUCAAGCGUGUUAUACAACAAACAUAGCUGUAUAAUUUUGUUUGUUAUAUUAUAUCAUAAACUAUUGGCAAUCACGCACAAUUUUCAAAUGACUUACACAUUUUGGGGCGAGUUAAGGUUUUGGAUAAUUUGCAUCUGAUAUAAUAUCUUUAUUCGUGUAAGUACUGUUAAAGCAGUCAUAUUUCUUCAUGUUAUGAAAAUAUUGUCAUCAAAAGUUAUGUUGAUAGUAGCAUUAUGUUUUUUACCAGAAAUGAUAAGACAUACGGUUACUUUCAGUUAUCAGUUUAGGAUUGGAACAAUUCAUUCUUUGAUAUUAACCACGAACAGCAAGGAUGUUCCCCUCUUUAGCUCACCUGACUAAAACGUGGGAUGAGAUUGUGUCAAGGCCUGUUUGUUUGUUGUCAGACAUGCAUCAUACACAUCUUCUCCUCAGAGACCACAAGACCAUUGAAACUGAAAUUUGUACAAAGUUAUCCCCUUCAGUGAUUUGUCGGAAAAUUUGGGAUUUUUUACCAUGCUUUUGUUUUCCUUCAGAAUGCAUAUUUGACUGUGUAAAUGUCUUCUCUGAAACUGCAAGACAGGAGGAGCUGCACCAUUGCAUGUAUAUGUGUCUUCUUGAUGCCGCCAUAUUUUGUUGAAAUUAUUAGAUGCUGUGGUAGUUUUUUGUCUCAAUAUUUUGGCAGAUAAUAUUUGAAUUUCAGUGCUGACAGCAUAUUUUGUUAAGUGGCUAUCUUUGCUGACAUUUACUGCUGUUAACUAUUUAUCCAGGUGAGCUACAGUUAGUGACACUAUUUGUUUCAGUUAGUAUCAGACUUCAACAUUGUAACAUUUAUCUUUCUGUGAAUAACAUUAUGUAUGACUUGGGAUCUCUGUACUGGUGGGAUAGCAUCUUUAUGGAGUUGUACUUGGGUGUAAUUGUAUUUAUUGUUUGACAUAAUAUCAUGGGGUGUUAAGCUUGUUCCAUUCCAAGUGCUCUGUUUACAAUGUAUUCUUGUUUUAUGAUAUCCGUGAUAUUUGAUGACAGCAGGCUGUGAUUCUCCUUGUUCCAUACAUGCAGGAAUAUAAUGUAUAAACAUG